AUGGCUUCACCCAGAGACGACAUGUCUGUAGAUGGAGACAACGACAUAAACCAGCUUGUAGAGGACAUCGUUGAGGCCUCCAAACUACCGGCCAAGAAGCGAGCUACGGCCAUUAGACCUACCGUGGACAAGGUAGCUUCAUCGGCGUAUGAAAACGGCCUGUUGCCUGAGCCACUCAAUGAGCUCAUAUAUCUUCUUACGAGACCAAGCUAUCUGGACCAAGGCAGCCUCAACGCAUUGCUGAAGAGUCUCUACCCUGCAACCAAGCUAUCAAAUGAUGUUGUUUGGAGGGUAGUGGGUUGCCUGGGACACGGAGAGCUCAAGCCUUCGCUGAACUUGCAGUCAAAUCUGCUCAAAUGGCUGAUCAUGGCGUACCAUGUUAUUGAGAAUCCAGCAGUAUUAUCGCAAGCAUAUGCUGUUCUUUUCAACCUCCUCGAUACAGCCGCCAUCAGGUUGGAUUGCCCUGGCUCACUUACUGAAAAACUCAAGGCGCUGACGCCAUCCAGGCCACAGCUCUGUCAUCUUCUUGCUCUCAUAACACGGAGAAAGCACGUUCGACCUUUCAGGAUACAACUCGUCGACCCAGCUCUGACUGGUCUCCUCCGGGUAUACAAGGACUACUAUCCCGAAAUCAUUGUCAGCGAUGCUCUCAGGGGCAGGGCGUCGGCGUUCAAGCAUCCCGACAUGGAAUGGAGAGAAAGAUUGGAUCAGAUUCAGAGAGACCAUUCCCAACGAACUGCCGAUGUUACCGGACAGCCUCGGAACGGCUUUAGCGUCAAUCACUCUGCUUUGAGAGCUCGCGGUAGGAAGGGGACGAAUCUCCCCUCAGUUCAUACCUCGGCCGCUACAGAGAACUCCGUCACACUGGAAGAGAUUGAUAGCGCCGACCGGCUCGCCCAAAAUAUUGAGAAAAUCGAGCUUCCCAACCAGCUGGCAGCAGUCCUGGCAGACCCCUUGCUUCAGAAGUCCAUCGCUUUGAAGAAAGAUGAUGCCGCCUCGAGACGUGUGAUCCAUUGGGUGGAUGCUAUUCUCGAGGACGUACUGAAUGGGAAUGCCGAUGAUAAGCUCUUCAAUGAGACGAUGGAGAUCUUGGAAGACUAUGUCACUCGGGUCAAGCUCUCUCUUCUAAAACUGUACCAAAACCUCAUUCGCCGCUGGACCUUCGUUCUCCGCUCCCUCGAUCCGAUUCCCCCCGAAGCUCCAGUCAGCGCCUUCUACGAUGUGAUGGAGCACGCAGGCAUCAUCGCUCUGAACCUGGUGCAAGCUACACCAAGCGUUGCGGUCCAUGGUGCUGUGUUAGACCUCUACGAGCAGGCGGCGACCAGCAUCUCCGAUCCAACUCUCCAACCCCUCCUCCGCAUCGCCAACCCGCCCGCGCAGCUCAUAUACCUCCUCUUCUUCAGCCACUCGCUGUCUAACGUGUCCCGUCUAUGCGCCGUCCUCGCCGUGUACAAGAAGGGUUUCGAGACCGCCAUGUCACGUCGCCAGCCGACCACGUAUCAGCCCAGCUACGUUAACCACUUCAACGGCUUCCUCAUGGACGUCUGUAACUGUCUCUGGCGUGGCAAGGCCUUCAAUGACGCGGACAAGAAUGCUCUUGGCUGCCUCAGCGCCCGUCCCGUCACCUUGCGUUUGCAGCGCUACGUCGAGGAUCUGGGAAUGGACCUCGCACUGCCGACGCUCUUCGGCUUCUCCUACUCGCCCGUGCUGAGUCUGCAGGCUAUCGACUGCAUCCGCGAACGGGAGGACAGGGCGCUGGCGGAGGAUGAAGACGCCAUUGCCACUAGGCACGGUGGCCCUGUCACGGCCAACAGUCUGGCGAGGUUGGCUGAAGCCCGCGGCAUCCGCGUGACGUGGUCCGAGUAUAGAAUACAAGUGCUGCACGCGCUGGAGGGUAAGGGCUUGGGCGGCAUCCCGGCGCUGAUGAGGAACACGAUGAAGGUCCUUAUGGGCUCUCGGCCACCGAAAUGA